CUUUCUACAACCUCCCAACGAGUCCCCGAUGAGUUUCAAAGUGGUAAUGAGCUUGACAAAGUUCUCCUGAUUGCGUUGGACCGUGUCUGAAGAUGCCGGACCGUUAAUUGCGACCUCCUCGCUCGAGCCACGUGAGCAACCACCGGCACGCGCAAUGGCCCUCCCUCUCCCGCCGGCGUCGAACCUGCAUGCGAUCCUUCUAGUCACCCAAUCGCGCUCCCUCGGCCCACGUCUCGUCUUCCACUACCCGCCCAUCUCGCCGUCCGCCGCCGCCCUCGCAGCAAACAAAGCGCCCGUAUGGUUCGCCAAAGAGGCAACCACCAGCAGCGGCGGCUCCGAAAGCUCGAGCAGCGACUGGGACAGCAGCACCGAGAACGAAGGCGGCGACGACGAUGCUGAGGUCGGGAGUCGGACAAGCGGCGGCCGCGGGUCGUCGUGGAGGACGGGCGCGAGCCAUCGCGAUAAAGACAAGUACCGGCCUGGUGCUGGCGGAGUGUGGGGCCGGAGCAUUGAUGAAGAGGACGGAGAUUUAGAGGUUGAAAAUGGCAGUAAGGCGAGUGGCAAUGGGAAGCAGAAGGGUGGAAUCCACGACUGGGAUACGGUGCUGGGAUUCAAGGUCGAUGCGCUGGAGAAAAUACUGUGUCCAGGCAAGGCGUUUAAUAAGCGGAGAUUCGAGAUGGGUGUUGAGAGCGUUGUCUUCGUUGGUGCGCCUAUGUUUGUGAGGGAAGACGGGCUGUGGAAGAAAAGAAAGAAGCGGAGGAAGCGGUCGGCCGAAGAUGCUUUGCUAGCCAACCUCAAGAUCGGCGAGGCUAAGAAAGGGGACGGGAGUCCUGAAGAGGAUCGGAGCGGCAGCACGAGUACGGAGCCGUUUGUCUACCCUGAAGGCUUCGAACCGGGCUAUGGUCAUGGACUGAUAUCUGGUGCGCCUUCCGGAGCCGUGUCCGAAGCUGGAUCUGAUGCCAGGAGUAACUCGACUGCGGACAAUAAUCCCGAUAUGACCAUGUUCAACGUCGUAUUUGUGUUGAAUCCGCCAGCCCUGGAAUACCAGCUGAGAGUCAAGGAUAUGUACGACAACAUAUCGCGAAAGUACGCUAAGGCGCUCAAGUACGAGCAGGCGCGAUUCCAGUAUGUCUGGAAAGAAUCCAAGAGAAUCAUUGACAUUAAGCAGCGAGCGAAGGAAAAUGGCGAGGCGCUCACUGCAACCUGGCAGAAGAUUCUCGCCAUCUCCCCGCUCGCGAAGUCAAUUGCCAUUCUGUUCGAGGCUAUUUCGAACGAUAAAAUCGCCCACGUCCACUUUGACGCCACUUUCAACACGUCCUUCCAGAUUCCCCAAGCAGACUCCACACCAUAUCUGCCAAACGCCCUCGAACCACAGAUGCCUGGCCUGUGGCUUACAACAUCUAAUGUAGUCAUCGAGGAUGAGAGCGACGCACCCAUGACCCAGCACGCCGCCCUGCUCCUCCUCGAAGACCCGGAAACGCUGAUCAAGGACCUAGAAGGCGACAACAAGAACAACACUGCAGCCCUAGCCUUCUACAUCCGCAACAUCAUCCCCACCAAAUCCCUCCUCAAGAUCUCCAACAAACACAACAUCGUCGCCCAGGAUAUGGAGUACAUAGCAAGCCAUCUCGUCUACUGGCGUCGAGCCCGCCUCAUCGCGCCCCUCCACCCCAGAGAUACCUACAUCGUUUCUCCGAACGCUGACCUGUCAAAUCUCCAAGCCGCCAUCCCCGCAUACGCCUCCCGUUUCUCCACACUACCUACGCUCCCCAAGAUGCUAAGUAUGCUCUCCGGCACACCGAAGCCAUACAGAUCCUUUAUACCCACCGCCGAGCACCGCGAAGCGUACAUGGACAUCCUCGCCUGGCUCAUGCGGGGCGGCUGGGUCACGCAGCUGCGCACAUUCGCUUGGGUUCGCGUCUCGCCCGAGAUAAAAGCCCAAGUAGCCGCCGACAUGGAACGCGAGGAGCGCGUCAAGAAAGCAGACGAUUUACGGAGAGAAGCCGCGUCGGAUAACGGCUCGAUGACGGAGUCGCUGCUCUCGGAUAAGCGAUCUAGCUUGCUCUCCGCCAGUACCAUCAGACCAGCGACACCGCUCCGCCGCACGAGGCGCGACAGAGACGGCGAAGAGGAGGGAACAGAAACCAAUGCCGCUCUGAGCCCCCUAGUAGCAGCAACAGGAUGGCGCGGCAGCCCCGCCCGCGCCUCCUCCAGCGACGCAGGAAGCACCAGCAGCGCGCGCACCACCAUCGCCCUCUCCAGCGGCGCCCAACAACGCCCUAUCUCCCCCGCUCCGCCCUCCCACUCGCGCGACCCACAACAACAGCAGCGCCCCCAACGCCCCUCCCCCCUCCACCUCAAGACCACCUCGCCCUCGCGCCCCCAGCCCUUCUCCCCCACCUCGCCGUCCCUCACAGCUACCGCCGCCGCCGGCCCUCCGCAAUCCCCACCCCCAUCACCGCAGUCCUUCGCGCCCUCGCUGAUCCUCAACCCGCAGAAGGCGAACAGCACCGAGGCGCGCUGGCUGGAGAAGAUCGGGCAGACGUUUGCACAUGAUGCAGAUCUACGCGAGCACUGGCCCAUGCUACUGCGGCACUUGGACGGCCGCCAUGCCAUUGAGGAUAUUAGUCCCCGCGAGGGGCUGAAGCGGAAGAGGGUUGCGGCGCUGUUUAAUGGCGUGAGGGAAGGGGGGUGGCUUGUUGUGGUGAGGCAUUGGUGAGGUGAGGUGAGGGGAAGGAAAGGUCGGCGUGGGGGGAGUGAGUGCUUCAAUGUAA